GAAACCAUCGAAUAAGAAUAUUUUAAUUGAUUGCCCCAAAAAAAAUAAGAUCAAAGGGCAUUUCUCAUCAAGCUUGCAAUUCUAACAUUACCAAUCCAUCAAUCAACGGGAAACACAGAGCUUGAGACAUUUUGCGCAAAUGGCAGGAGUUGGACCUAUCUCACAAGACUGGGAGCCGGUUGUCAUUCGUAAAAAAGCCCCCAACGCCGCCACCAAGAAGGACGAGAAAGUUGUCAACGCCGCCCGUCGCGCUGGCGCCGAUAUCGAAACUAUUAAAAAAUCAAAUGCUGGCACAAACAAGGCUGCCUCUAGCAGCACUUCUCUGAACACAAGGAAACUUGAUGAAGAUACUGAGAAUCUUACUCAUGAACGAGUACCCACUGAACUCAAGAAAGCAAUUAUCCAGGCGCGAACUGAAAAGAAACUCACCCAAUCUCAACUUGCUCAGCUGAUCAAUGAGAAGCCUCAAAUUCUACAGGAGUAUGAAUCAGGUAAAGCCAUUCCUAAUCAGCAGAUACUUACCAAGCUGGAAAGGGCUUUUGGUAAAAAACUGCGAGGAAAGAAGUAAAGAGGAUCCCUUAGGAAACUGCUUCCAGUACUUUUAAUGUUGUCGUUGAGUGAGUCUUUAAAUUUGGUGGUGUAUACGAGCUUGUUCUACCAUUGUCAUGGCUUGCUUAUAAGUGUCUUUGGCAGUUUGGCUCUUUGUGACCGCUAUAAAUCUUUGAGGUCUUUGCCUUUGCUUGCGCUUAACUCUAUUUCAAGCACAUAUUGCAUCAUAAGUAGAAAGUGUCAUUAUCAUUCUACUCUAA